CGACGCGCGCAGAUGACGUACGACUCGCGGGGCAGUUCGGCAGCAUGGCGUCCGUGGCGCUGAGCGAGGCGGAGAAGGUGUACAUCGUGCACGGCGUCCAGGAAGACCUCCGUGUGGAUGGCCGUGGCUGUGAGGACUACCGAUGUGUCGAAGUGGAAACCGAUGUAGUGUCCAACACCAGUGGGUCUGCCAGGGUCAAGCUGGGUCACACAGACAUCUUGGUGGGAGUGAAAGCAGAAAUGGGGACGCCGAAGCUGGAGAAACCAAAUGAAGGCUACUUGGAGUUCUUUGUUGACUGUUCAGCCAGUGCUACCCCUGAAUUUGAAGGUAGAGGAGGUGAUGACCUUGGCACCGAGAUCGCUAACACCCUCUAUCGGAUAUUUAACAAUAAAAGCAGUGUUGACCUAAAGACCCUCUGCAUUAGUCCUCGGGAGCACUGCUGGAUUCUCUAUGUGGAUGUGCUGCUGCUGGAAUGUGGUGGAAAUUUGUUUGAUGCCAUUUCCAUUGCUGUAAAGUCUGCUCUCUUCAAUACAAGGAUACCAAGGGUUCGAGUUCUGGAGGAUGAAGAGGGGUCGAAGGACAUUGAAUUGUCUGAUGACCCUUAUGACUGCAUACGACUAAGUGUGGAGAAUGUCCCCUGCAUUGUCACUCUGUGCAAGAUUGGCUAUCGGCAUGUGGUGGAUGCUACUCUUCAGGAGGAGGCCUGCUCGCUGGCCAGCUUGCUGGUGUCGGUGGCCAGCAAGGGAGUUGUGACGUGCAUGAGGAAAGUGGGGAAGGGCAGCCUGGACCCAGAGAGCAUCUUCGAGAUGAUGGAGAUGAGGAAACUGAGGCACACAGAGGAUAAGCAGCUUGCCUACAGGCCUCCCUGCUCAUAAAUACUGGAUCUAGGAUUUAAACCAAGACUGUGUGCGUCCAGAGCCCCUGCUCCCAGCCACUGUGCAAUGUCAGCCUUAUAAACCAGAUCUGCCCUGGCUGUCAUGGAUGGCAGAACCAGAGCUCUGUUCAGUGAGCUGAGCUUUGUCCUCCCCUCAGGUUUGGGGGAUGAGUUCUGCUAAUUCUGGACAGGGGACUAUAGCUCUGUGGCCGUGUCUUACCGUUUAUCUCACACAGGGAUGCAGCAAUCUGGAAAAUGACUUGGUGGAGCUGAGAGCCUUGGGAGUAGUUGCGUAGGCUGCCACCCCUAGCCUCUGCAGUUGCUUUCCUGCAUCUGGAUUCAGAGGCGUCAAGGCCCUCUCAAGUCCUGGCAUCCUGUCCAUCUCAUCUCCUCUUGUUGUCCUCUCUCCCCACCCUCAUGUAUAUAAAUAAUUAGUACCCCUAUUUGACAGACUCAGACUUUUUUUUCUUUUUCUAAUGUUAUGGGAAAAUCUUUCCAAAGGCGCCCCCACACUUUUUUUUUUUUUUUUUUUUUUUUUGAGACGGAGUCUCUGUUGCCCAGGCUGGAGUGCAGUGGCGCAAUCUCGGCUCACUGCAAGCUCCGCCUCCCGGGUUCACACCAUUCUCCUGCCUCAGACUCUCCGAGUAGCUGGGACUACAGGUGCCCGCCACUAUGCCCGGCUAAUUUUUUUGUAUUUUUAGUAGAGACGGGGUUUCACCGUGGUCUCGAUCUCCUGACCUCGUGAUCCGCCCGCCUCAGCCUCCCAAAGUGCUGGGAUUAUAAGCGUGAGCCACCGCACCCGGCCCCUUUUUUUUUUUUUUUUGAGAUGGAGUCUCACACUAUCGCCCAGGCUGGAGUGCAGUGCUGCGAUCUCAGCUCACUGCAACUUCCGCCUCCCUGUUUCAAGUGAUUCUGCCUCAGCCUCCCGAGUAGCUGGGAUUACAGGUACCCGCCACCACUCCCAGUUAAUUUUUUUGUAUUUUUAGUAGAGACAGGGUUUCACUGUGUUUGCCAGGCUGGUCUUGAACUCCUGACCUCGUGAUCUGCCCGCCUCAGCCUCCCAAAGUGUUGGGAUUACAGGCAUCAGCCACUGCAUCCAGCCCCCAAAGGCCUUUUUGACCUUUAAACCUGACUUUGCAUUUCAUAGAGAUGAUCACUUCCCAGCCUUUUAGAUCGAAAUCGUCUUUUCGUAAGAGUUUUAGUCAUACUUGGGAUCUCAUCCCAUGUUACAGUUAGGGGCCAGGGGAGAAGACACACAGGUCAUUACUCUGGGGUGAAUACACCUGUAAUUGAAGAGAUUGAGGCAGGGAUUUAGGCAUGGAUGUUUUUAUCUCAACGUUGUUGAGAAUGGAACCAGUGGCAGAGUUGAAUCCAAACUGCUAUGGGAAUGUAAAAGACUUGAUAAGGUAGAGAUCUGUGGUUGGUUCUUUGUAUUCUUAAAAUGAUUCUUGGGCCCAGAGACAGAUAGAAUAACAGUUUCAUAAAGAAAAAUAUAUUUUUUUAUAUUGGGGUGGUGGUUGUUUUUUUGAGACAGGGUCUUGCUCUGUUAUCCAGGCUGGAGUACAGUGGCACAGUCACAGCUCACUGCAGCCCUGACCUCCUGGGCUCAAACAAUCCUCCCAUCUCAGCCCCCUGAGUAGCUGGAACUACAGGUGCAUACCACCACGCCCAGCUAAUUUUUAGUUUUUUGUAGAGAUGGGGUUUCACUCUGUUGCCCAGGCUGGUCUUGAUCUCCUGGCCUCAAGCAAAAUCCUCUUGCCUUGGCCUCCAAAAGUGCUGGGAUUACAAGCAUGAGCCACUACUUCCAGCCAUAUUGAGUUUUUUUUGUUUGUUUUGUUUUGUUUUUGUGUUUUUUACCUCUCGUGUCUGCUGUGUAGGGACUGAUUAUUAAUUUUGUGGGUUGUCCCUCUUGAUGUGUUUUGAUUCCAACAUUUCACUGCCUUUAGCAUCUCAGCAUGGCAGUAAACACCAAAGAUCCCAUCCAGGUACUGACUUUGGUCACACCUGGGCAGUUCUGCUUAGAGGCUUCAUGGGAGGUGAAUGAGAAGCUGCUUACUAAAAUGUCCUUGGCUUCAUCUGUUUCUUCUCCAGACAGACUCUGGAUUCCCUGUGGUCUCCCUAUAGUACAGUGUCACCUGGCUGUACCCAAGCCCAGAUUUGGUUGACAACUUUGUUGCUUGUUGCAGUGGCAGCAGGAUAGUGAAGCAUGAGCUAAUGGCCAGGGCAGGCUUUGCUGCUCUCUGUUUGUUGCCUGGUGGGGGCUGGUGUUUGUCUCUCUUUUUUAUUUUUUUGAUAUGAUGAUUUUUCCAAAAUUUAUUAUGUUGUUGGGGUUUGUGGUUUUUGUUUUAAUUUGCUUUAAUUAAAAGUCCUCUAAGGCAGAUGGAAUGUGUACAAUGUCAGAAAGACUAGCUGGCAGAAAGGGAAGCUUUUCUGGUCAGAGUGUGUGUGCCUGACAAGGGGGCAUGUGCUCUCUCCCGUCCCUUCUCCACAGACUGGCAAGCGUGUGGGCAAGGUGCUGCAUGCCUCCUUGCAGAGUGUUCUGCACAAGGAAGAAAGCCUGGGGCCCAAGAGACAGAAAGUUGGAUUCCUGGGAUGAUUUGCACAUCAACUGCUCAACUGUGGAUUGUUUUUUACUUUUCCUUUUAAACCGGUUUGUAUAUAUUUUUCUUCGCUGUUAGGAAUUUACAGCAACAUUUGUAUAUGUAAAAUUAAAGGCUAUUUUCUGGUC